UUACCCAUCACAACAGAAGCACCUCAUGACAAAAUACCAAAUGACGACGUAAUGAAGUUCUAUGGAAAAGAUUAGAAAAAUUGUAUGUAAUGUCCAGAUUUUUUUUUUUUUUACAAUAUAGUAUUUUCUGUGAUGCAACCCAUUCUUGUUCAACAUACAUAAAAAACUGAAUUCGGGCUGAAAGCAUACAUGCAAAUACUUUUAUUAAUUCGUGCUUACAUUACAUACAUUGGUAUAGUCUGACAAUCAUUCUGUAUGAAGUCAUUUUUAAGUGACUCAGAAGGUUUAAACAACCUGUGACUGCUUACGUUCUUCACCCUGAAUCUGUCAGAGGUCAAAGUUUAUAUACACACUAUGAAUUACUUUUAAGAAACUUUCUACUAAUUUAACAAAUUUAAAAUUAGUGAGAGCUCCUUACCUGCUGCUGUCCUAUAAAAGAGUGGUUCCUGCAUAGUUUUGGCAGCCACACAGCACACUAGUGAAGUCAAAGGCGUGUGUGGUUUUUCUGGUUUGCAGAGUGCUACCCUUUAAUAAAGCUGGAACCUUUAUGUGCUAUCUGUCUACAAUUUGGCCCUUGUCAAAGCCGCUCAAAGUAGUAUAGUAUAUUCUGUUUCUAACAUUCACACAAUGAACUGUAUAUAAUUAGGCAGAAAUUCAGGAAUUAUUACAAAUUUGCUUUAAUAUGUGUGAAUAUAAUAUAAUAUUUACAUCAAAAAUUAUGUUAUGAGUGUUCAGAUCAAGGAGAACAGGCUCUGAACUGUAAAAGUCAGAAAUUAUUUGGAAGGCGCUCUCAGAAAAUUCUCAUAGGUAAUGUUCAAAAUGUUCAAAAUGUCAGAGUUAACAGAAGUUCUGCAGAAGCAGAAUGUCCUUGCACUAUCUCCUUCACUACCUUGUUCUAUAUAUAGCCUACUGACUUAGCCAACAGAAGGGAUUACACAUGGCUGUUAGCAGCUCUCUGUCUAUUGAGCAAUAGUUGGAGCCUGUUAUAUAUAUAUAACUGUCCCCUCCCCAACCCUGAGCCCUUGAUCCCUGGGCUAAUUCCAUUGAAUCGUUCAAAUCUAAAUCCACUGAUGGAGCAAUGGCACACAGUUGGGAACACAGGCAGAGAGACAUAAGACGUGUUCCACAAACAGACGGGAUAGGGAAGAUAGAAAGGAGCUCAUAUCAAAACGUGCAAAGCUUCUCGUUGUCCAUUUUGUGAGUAGUUAUGUCGCCCCUGAGUCAAUUUAGCUUUCAUCAACAGCAGGGCCAUGUGCUAUCUGUGUGCCCUUUACAUGUGUCUUUACAGAUGCACCAGCGACCCAGUGUGCCAACUCAUCACAGGGGACUGUCAAGCCUGGCUGACGUCACCCAUCUAGCCUCUGUAAUCGAAAGAGACGUUAAUCCUGCUCCUCUCCAAAGCCGGGCAGUGGGGUGGGGUGGGACAGGGAGGUAUAUUGAAAGAGACAUGAGGAAGGAAGUUGGAUACAGGAGACAAAGGAGCAUAUGCAGGCAUUGUGCUGGCACACAGACUCAGCACUGAUCUGGACAAGUGAGGCAGGUGCUGUCCUACCUGACAAAGAAAACUCGUGGGGUAUCUGAGGGUUUGGGACCCCUCACAUUCAGGCUUCGCCCUGGAGGCCAAAAGCCUCACUGAGGGCUGUGCAGAGGGGGAAUGCUGUGGGAGCUGCUCAUGUCCUGCUGCACCCCCUCUUGUGUCACCUGUAUCCACUGCAGAGGAGCAGGGCUUCACCACUGUGGAGCUGUGCCAAGAUGGAGAUAUCUAUCUGACAGCAAAUGAGGGAGAGAUGGAAGAGAUGAGCGGCCAAGAUCCAAAUUUUGAAGACAUGCAAAGGAAAGAUGGAAGACUCCCAUUCCAGGUAUGUAACAUCAUCAUACUGUGGCCAGUCUUGUUCACAUGAGAUCUUUCUGUGCAGUUCUCACUCAGCUCUUCACCCUUUGUUCCUCCAGAUCUUCCCUGACCCUGUUGAGGUUGUCCUGGGCCCAGAGGCCACCUUAAACAGCCUGGACCAUGACCAUGAGAAGGAGCGUCUACCCUCCAUUGUUGUGGAACCCACAGAGUUGAGCGAGGUGGAGAGUGGGGAGCUGCGCUGGCCUCCAGAGAACAUGGAUAUGGAGGAGGAUGAGGAGGACCUGUUCUUGGAGCAGUGCAUCCCACCAGCCAACAUCGCAGACUGGGGAGAAGAAGAGGAGGAGGAGGAGGAGGAGGAGGAGACGUCAGUUAUACUGAACCAACAGCCAGGAUUGACACUCAUUGACCUUCAGUCGGAUGCAUUUAGAGACGACACCCCAACGCUUCCACCGAGCAGUGCUCCAGCCCUCAACUGACUUAACCUCUGAGAACUGAGAACCUCUGAUGACCGUGUGAGGAAACACCCUGGCAACAACUAUGAUAAAACACGGCAACCCGGAGUUUGAAAAUAACUGAUGAAAAAGUGUGAACUGUAACCCAAUGUUAAUGAAGAGAAAACACAAGUAUCAUACAUAAUAUGUUGUAAAUGCACAUAAACAUCUUGAGACCAAUGGUGGCAUUCAUACUUACUGU